CUACGGCACCCCAGGGAAAAACCUUCCCCACAAGCACGGGUUGGGGUCAUCCAAAAAGAGAUUUGCCUGGUUAGUUGCCUUCAACAGAAUGGUGACAUCGGUUGGUUUUUUGCUCCUGUUCUGCCUGCCCGGAAUCCGUUCCCUGGCCGAGAUGGCCUGCCGCAUUGCCGUGGAGCAGAGUGUCCAGGUGACCUAUCUGUACCGCUGUGCCAGCUGUCCGGCCGCAUUUGAUCCGGGACACUCCGCUGUGGAACUGGAGCUGUACUGCUGCGUGGCCAGUCGACUGCCGGUGGUCACACGGAACAUCGAGGCCCAUGAGCUGGAGCCCAUGCGCCGCACGGACAGCCUGAGCAUCUUCCACAUUCCGGCGGGCGAAAAGGGGGAUUCCUUGGUCCGUCGCAUCCUGGAUAUGCUGAAUCCCCGCCAGCCACGCAAACAUCUGCACAAGUACCUAUUCAUGUGGCCCGAUGCCAGGCAGGAUCAGCUACUGACUCUCUUCCGCGGCAGUUGGGCCAAGCAGUUGCUCUACGGAUUGGCCAUUACCCAUGCGGAUGGUGGCUUCUUUGACUUCGAUCCCUUUGCGAUGGGGGGUCUUCAGGUGACUGGGCGGUCGCGAGGCGAUCCGUAUUUCCCUCACAAAAUGAAGGAUCUGAGGGGCUAUCCCCUGCGUUUCUCCAUGUUCACGGAUCCCUUGAUGGCGGUGCCCAGGAAUCCCGUGGAGCGGGCCGGCUACAAGGCGGUGGAUGGAGUAGCCGCCCGUGUGGCCGCCCGGAUGUUGAAUGCCUCCGUAACCUAUGUCCUGCCGGCGGACAACGAGUCCUACGGCCGCUGCCUGCCCGAUGGUAACUUCACCGGAGUGGUCAGGGAUUUGGUCGGUGGGCUCACCCACUUCGGACCCAACUCCCGCUUCGUGCUCGACUGCAUCUGGCCGGAGGUGGAGGUGCUGUAUCCGCACACACGUCGCGUACUGUACUUGGUGGUGCCCGCCUCCGAAAUCCAGCCGGAGUACCUGAUCUUCGUGCGUGUAUUCCGGCGAUCCGUGUGGCACCUGCUGCUGGUCACCCUGUUGGCGGUGGUGCUGAUCUUCUGGCUGAUGCAGAGGCUUCAGAGGGGCAUUCCCCGGCGCCAGGUUAAUCACAUCCAGGCCACCUGGUACGAGAUUCUCGAAAUGUUUGGCAAAACGCACGUGGGCGAGCCGGCGGGACGUUUCUCAUCCUUCAGCUCGAUGCGCACCUUCCUCAUGGGCUGGAUCCUCUUCAGCUACGUCCUGACCACCAUCUACUUUGCCAAGCUGGAGUCCGCAUUCGUGCGUCCCAGUUAUGCGGCACAGGUGGACCGGGUGGCGGAACUGGCCCACCUGGAUGUGCACGUCUAUGCGGUGACCACCAUGUACGAGGCGGUGAAGCCCGCCCUGUCGGCGCACCAGUACCGUCUGCUGGAGAGCCGCAUUCGCCAGUUGCCCCUGGGACUGACCACAUCCUACUACCAACUGGUAAUCAGUCGUCGCGAUCGGCGGUCGGCGUUCAUCAUGCGCGACUUUCACGCCCGCGACUUCCUGGCCCUCACCUACAACUCGCAGGCGGAGCGACCCGCCUAUCACAUCGUCAAGGAGUACCUGCGCUCCAUGAUCUGCACCUACAUCCUGCCCAGAGGAUCGCCCUUCUUGCAGCGGCUUGAGUCGCUCUUCUCGGGCUUCCACGAGCACGGUUUCUUCGAGCACUGGCGUCAAAUGGAUCUGAUCAACCGGGAUUUAACGUCGCCGAAUGCCGAGGAGUUCUACGAGGAUCUGGGGGAUCAGACAGACACGGAUCCGGUCACCAACGAGGCGGCAGUUCGGCGGAACAAGCGGGUGGUGCUCACCCUGGACAUUCUGCAGGGCGCCUUCUAUCUUUGGUCAGUGGGCAUUGGAAUGAGCUGCCUGGGAUUCACCCUGGAGCACGCCCAUCACCUCUGGAGGCUUCGGAGUCUAAGGGCUUAA